AUAAUGAAUCGAGAGGAACGAUACGAAGGGACUGGCUUAAAGGAUGUCUAUGACAUACUAACCAGUGUCCCACCUGAGCAAAUCUUGAGCCUGACAUUCCAGCUUGAGGAGUCUCCUGAAGAUAAUAUCAUCCACGCUUUGUGUCUGAUCAUUCUCCGCAAAGAAGAAAAAGCCCUAGACAUACUCCAUACGCUUGAGAACAACGACCUUGCCAGGCAUCUUGCUGAAAUAUGGCGUAAGAGCGGAUGUAAAUUACAAGACUUUGCAGAGCUCUGUGGUAAAUCUCCGGAUUUAACAGGAGAAUCUUUGGCGGCGUUGGCUCGUGUUUUUAAAAUCCUGUCCGAACACAGACUCUGCGAUCAGCUUUUAAGGAAUCAGGCGUACAAGAUUGCCCUUUCCAGCCACGGUGAAAGAUCAGACGAUGGUGAGGAUCUUUUAUACCAACAACUCAAAGAAGAAGCUAAAAAUGUGUGCGGGCCUCAGCUUGCCGUGUGGUUGGGUUCAUUUAAGAACCUCGAAUCGGGCUCGUACGAUGAAACUCAGGCCGACGGCGCUACAACACAAGAUCCGUGUCUUUCCAGCCUGCUUCCAUCGAGCUGCUCUGAGCCAUCAUAUCCCUCGCAUCUGGAGAUCAGUUUGCCUUCAACGAUCCCGUACGAAGAGGACCAAACAACCCCAGAAGCACCAGGAAACCCUGAACAAAUCCCUAAUGACUGUCAAAGUAAUACUUCUGAACAAUCUCAUCUUUUAUCCGUGGAACUCCAACCGACAUCCGAUGAAUCUCCCGAAGCGGAAGAACCAAAGAUGGACACAGCAUUGGAAACUGAGCAGGGCAAGCAUCAGGAACAGGAGUUAACCCAGACAGAACCUUGCAACCAAAGCACCACGCAAAAAACACAAUUUUCCACAAACUAUACUCCGACCAAAAAAACAGAGACACUCAGGGCGCACUUAAGUAAACGUGUUGAAGAAGAGGAUGAAGCCAUAUUUUAUUCAUUCGUCAUCUUUCACGCUGUAGAAGACAGCGAACUGGCCGAGAGGAUGAAGGAAAAACUGGAGACUGUCAUCGGUGAGGGUCAGGGUGCGACGUUCUUCGGGGACUUUGAGCUACCGGGCAUGAGCACCCUGAAGUGCAUCGAGGACGCCAUCAACAACUCGGCUUUUACCGUUCUGCUGCUUACCCGAAACUUCAACACACGCAUGUUGGAGGUGAAGACCGACUCGGCCUUGACCAACUCUAUUAGCAACCUGCACAAGUACAACACCGUCAUACCUUUGCUGCCAAAGGAGAACGGCAUGCCCAGACGUGACCUGCCCAUGGUACUGCGGACGUUUGUUCCGCUGGAAGAGAACAAAAGCUUUGAAACCAAAAUAAAAAAGGCAUUAUCGCCGGCAAAAAUUAAUCGGCAGAGGAGCAUUUGGUCGGAAGAGAGGAGAACACAUCAAAGGGGGUUGCCUCAGGGGCGCGUAGCACAUAUGCUGGAAAAUCUCAACUUCAAGGGCUCAGUGGACUUUUCCAAUGCCGCAUCGGUUUUAGAGCCGCAUCGGAACAUUCAUAUUGCAAAUGCCAACUAUGUGAUGAUCGGUAACGACUCUCAAAUGACCGUGGAUUAUUGUGGCGUUGCAGAGAGAGACCCAAUUGUUAGAGAAAACAGGGAAUAA